AUGGUUAUCGGCUACUUUCUUCUCGCAAUAUUCAUUAUAAUAAUAUAUAGCCUCACACAUGAUAACAGUCGGUACUACGCAACUGCAUCUGCAAUCCGGCAGGUAUGGACUGGGGACUGCCGCCUGGGGUGCCAGGCCAGCACCUACAGCGAUGUGAGCGGCCUGAGUGCCCUCGAGGCACCCCCUACGGGGACCCAGAGGGAAGGCUGUGUUUGCGAGUCCUGCCCCUGCGCUCUUAUUGAGGACUUCCUCAAAAAAUGCGGGCCAGCCACUCAACUGUACACUGCUUCGGUAGACGCGGCAUCUGAAUACUACAACAAUUUGGCCAAAAAGUUUCAAGAGGUAGUUGAGAAAGCAUCGAGAGUGCUGCAAUGUCGCACAUCUUGCCGACGACAAGCGCAGAUGGUGGACUCCCGGUCUAAUUUCGAUUCUAACGAAGACUUCACAAUGGUAGAGAAGACUGAAGAGAACCAAAGAAGUGCGCUCGAUGCUUCUGUAUCCGAAGUAGCUAAACAGUAUGGCGACGAGAUAGCUAGCAAAAUAAAAGAUAUAGCCUCAAGGUUAUCAACAUCUACGCAGCCGGUGCAAAUCCUGCCUAAGCCACCUCAGCAGGAAAAGCCACCAGACCAAGAGAAUCCAACACCAGAUCCAACCCAUGUAACACCGUCGACUUCUUUCAAAACAAGGCCACCUUUUCCUGUGAACAAACCAUACGAUCUUCCGCCACCGUCUCCUGCUCAGGAUAUGGCAUCAGAAGCCCCCCAGAUAAUGACAGCAGCACCCUCCCCCUAUGAUAAUUCUACAGCUACAAAGCCAUUGAGUAUAGGUUCAUCCAAACCUAGUCCCACAACUUCCAAAAAGUCCGUCCAUUCUGAUGAUCAGACAUGUUCUAAAGAACCAAAGGUAGUCCGUAAAGUCCAGGAUCCUGAAUCGCAGACGUCUCAUGAUUCAAUAAAUUGUUCAAAAUGUGUUGAACAAGGAAAAAUUUGUAUUCGAGGCUGUCCGACAGCUGAUGAGAGAGCAGAUGAGAAAAAGCAAAAAGGAGGAGAAUAAAGCAUUUUACUGGAUGACGU